AUACUGCACCAAGUCUCAGUCACAUGAUGCAUUGCACGAUGCGAACAGGUAGUGUGCUGAUUAUUUUUGUCGCAUUCUUGAUCGCGUUAUCAAAAUGUUCGCGGUUAUUGAUAGUAUUUCCCAUGAUGGCACCCAGUCACUACAAUCUGGGUAGUUCUUUGGCCAAAGGUCUUGCUGAAGCUGGUCAUGACGUCACUAUUAUUGCCCCUUACAAAGAGAAAACUAUUCCUAAAGACUGGAAGUAUAGGGAGAUAGUUCUUGACGGAUUUCUUGACCGAAAAGAAAAGGAACAAAUAAAUCUAUUUGAUUUUGCUAACACUCCUCCAGUAAUAACAUUAUUUGGAAUGAAUGGACUGGGGAAUGAAGUAACAGAUCUAACAUUUGCACAUCCGAAUGUUCAAAAACUCCUCAAGGAUAAAAACGAAAAAUUCGACUCAGUUAUAGUGGAGCAAUUUGUAAAUGACGCCAUGAAAUACUUUGCGUAUCAUUUUAACGCACCUUUGGUAUCAUUUAGUACUGUUGGAGCGAAUGCUUGGGUCAACCCAUUGGUGGGGAACCCUGCUCCACCAUCAUUUGUGCCUGAAAUUUUUCUAAGCUACUCAUCAAGGAUGAGUUUUGUAGAGCGUCUAAAGAAUACUUUGUUUAGUGUUAUUUCCGAGCUGAAUAGGCAUUUGAUUUUUUUCCCUGCUCAGAAUAGGAUAUUGCACAAAUAUUACCCUGAUGCGCCGGAUCUUAAAGAUUUGUUGUACAAUAAUUCUCUGAUUCUAUUAAAUUCGCACGUCAGUACGAACCCCCCAGUUCCAUUGUUGCCAAAUAUGAUUGAUAUUGGCGGUUUUCAUGUAAAGCCUGCCAAAACAUUACCCAAAGACUUGAAGGAUUUUAUUGAAGGUGCGAAACAUGGCGUUAUUUACUUUAGUAUGGGUUCUAAUAUAAGGAGCAAAGAUUUUCCGGAAAAAAUGAGAACCAAUCUUCUAAACGUUCUAAAAAGCCUUAAGCAAAGAGUCAUAUGGAAGUUUGAGGAUGAAAACCUACCCGGCAAACCAGACAAUGUUUUAAUCAGCAAGUGGUUACCACAAAACGAUAUACUAGGACAUCAGAAUGUAAAACUUUUUAUUACCCACGGUGGCUUACUAAGUACCACGGAAACAAUAUAUCAUGGCGUUCCAGUACUAACAAUUCCAAUAUUUGGAGACCAAAAAAUGAAUGCCGCUCAAAUGGUACUGCAGGGUUUUGCACAAUCAAUAUAUUUCGAGGACCUCAACUAUGAAAACAAAAUUCGCAAUGCGUUGAACGAAGUUCUAACCAAUCCAAAAUAUGCUGGCAUUGCCAAACAAAGAUCAAAAAUCAUGCACGAUCAACCCUUGAAACCUCUGGACUCGGCUAUAUUUUGGAUUGAAUACGUCAUAAGACAUAAAGGUGCUUCACAUCUUAGAAUUGCAGGGUUGGACUUGGCAUGGUAUCAGUACAUAUCACUGGACGUAUAUGUAUUUGUCAGCAGUGUUAGCAUUUUAAUUGCAUUAAUAUUAGUUAAACUUUGUAAGAUGAUUUGUUGUAAAAAGACUAUAAGUAAGACUGAUAAGGUUAAGAAAAAUAAGUAG